CCCAUCCCGCCCCAUCCUCGCUCCCAGCCCGCUCCCUGCCGUGCCGUGAAGCUCAGCGGGCGGCCCCCUGCCGUCCACCCCCCCGGCUCCACCAUCGCUCCCAAGGGUGACGAGGACCUGCUGGCACUGGCUGCCUCCCGGCUGAGCCGCAGGAAGCGCGUGGCCGGGGCGGCCGUCGGCGUGGCCAUGGUGCUGGUGCUGCUGGUGGCCAUCCCGCUGCUGGUGCACAGCUCCAAGGCGGCCGCGCACUACGAGAUGCUGGGCAGCUGCCGCAUGGUUUGCGACCCCUACCCCGAGCUGCCUCCCGCCUCCCCGCCUCCCUUCCUACCGGGGGCGAAGGGAGAACCGGGGCGCAAAGGGCGUGCAGGUGUUCGGGGCCCCCCCGGACCGCCGGGACCACGGGGGCCGCCGGGUGAACCGGGUCGGCCGGGACCACCGGGACCUCCGGGACCAGGUCCUGGGGGGUACAUACCCUCCUUCUACAGCCCCAAGAUCGCGUUCUAUGCGGGGCUGCGGAAGCCCCACGAGGGCUACGAGGUGCUGCGCUUCGACGACGUGGUGACCAACGUGGGCAACUACUACGAACCAUCGAGCGGCAAGUUCACCUGCCCGCUCCCCGGCAUCUACUUCUUCACCUACCAUGUCCUCAUGCGCGGCGGCGACGGCACCAGCAUGUGGGCUGACCUCAUGAAGAAUGGGCAGGUAUGGGACGGGACCCCCAGCCGCUCCCACCGGGCCCCCGUGUCCCUCCUCAGCCCCUUUGCCCUUAGAUCCCCCAGCCCCAUCUCUCUGUGUUUCCACCCGGCUCUUCCAGCCCUCUUCCCGCUGCCUGCUCUCCCAUUCCAGUUCCCCCAGUUUGGUUUUCCCAUUGUGUUUUCUCCCAUCCCGUUUCUCCAAUUCUGCUUUUCCCUCAGCCUGGCUCCCCCCAGCCUCCUGUCCCAAAUUUCUGCCAUCCUGGUUCACAUAUCGUUUCCACCAUCCGCAUCCUCCAUCCUGCUUCCCAACCCCAUUCUCUCUUCCCCAUCCCCCUAUACUCAUUUCCACCCAUCCCAUUUCCCCACUCCCAUUCCCUCCAUCCCCACUCCCUCCAUCCCAAUUCCCUCCAUCCCCGUUUCCCUACACCCAUCUCCAUCCCCAUUCCCCUGA